CACUGACAAUUAGAGGAAUAAUCUCUGAUCCUCUUCGUUUCUAUAACAAGGCUACAAGACAGUGUAUGUCUACAAAUAUCAUUUACAUUUGCCUUAUCCUGAAUAAAUUUAUUCCAUGGAAACAUAAGAAAGUAGUGGCCUCUCCUUAAGAAUUAAGGGCUAACUGUAUUUUACUUUCAUAUUACAACUGGCCUCUCCUUUUAGUUGUUCCCUUUUUAUGUUUGUACGAAUAUUAGGGUUGACGUAAAAGAGCUUGAUCCUGGAAUAAAAAUUCUGGACUGGAGUUAGAAGAAGAAAUGAAGACACAAGGCAAUUUAGAAGGAAGAUUUGGAGACAGAAAAGAUGGUUAUGAUGCUAUAGUUGUAGGUUCUGGAUAUGGCGGCUCUGUUGCUGCCUGUCGACUGUCCAUGGCAGGAAUAAAGGUUUGUUUAAUGGAAAGAGGUCGAAGAUGGAAAGCUGAGGAUUUCCCCACUGAUGGUUUAAAGCUCAUUUCAGCUAUGAGGAUGGAUCAGCCUUCAGGCUUCAGUUUUGGUCCAAAAGAUGCUUUGUUUCAGGUAUAUGAACAAAAUGAUUCUCUAGCAGCAGUUGCUUGUGGGCUAGGCGGUGGUUCACUAGUCAAUGCAGGAGUAAUGCUUCCAACCCCAAUUCGUGCUAGAAGAAAUCCGAAAUGGCCAAAGGAAUGGGAAAGGGAUUGGGAUAUUUGUGAAGCUUCUGCAGCAGCAAUGCUGAGAACACAAAAUGUUCCAGUCAUGUUUCCAAUUGCCAAUGUAAUGGCAGAAAUAGCUAGAGCAGAGAAUGAAGAAACUUUCGACAAUUUAAUCAAGCUCAGUAUAAAUUUUGAUGUUGAAGAUUCUCCAUCCAAUUCAAUGAAGCUUCAAAAGAUGAAUAGCUGCUUAGCAUGUGGAAAUUGCCUUGCGGGGUGUCCUUACAAUGCCAAAAAUUCUACUGAUAAGAAUUAUCUUCUUUUGGCAAUACAGGCAAGUUUCUGUUAUAUCUUCUAUAUACCCGCUGGAUGUACUGUAGAAACUCUAUGUGAAGCUCAGUAUGUGGUUAAGAACACAUAUGAAAUCCAACAAGACAUAAUAAAAAGGAGAUGGCGUGUUUACUUAAAUGAGAUUGACUAUAUAACCUCCGAUUUUGUAAUCCUAUCAGCUGGAGUUUUCGGCACUGUUAAGAUACUUUUCCAGUCACAAAUGAGAGGAUUGAGGCUUCCAAAAACUCUUGGGUCAGGAUUCAGCUGUAAUGGGAAUUCAGUUGCUUAUCUCGCUAGAAGUGCAGCCCCCUUGAGUGGUCAUGGAUUGAACAGGAAACAAAUAUCAAAGCUUCCUUUUCAAGAACGGCCAGGGCCAUCCAUCUCAACAUCUUACACUUCUUCAUCGGGUUUCACUAUCCAGAGUGCUGUAAUUCCAAGUGCUUACCCUAACCUGCUGUUUAAAGAGAUCCUUACUUAUGGAUGGCCAACAGGUUACUGGUUCUUUCAUGGGAUUUUUGACAAGCUGAAGUACAUGAUUGAUUUUAAAUCAACUGAAGCAAUUGUGCUCAAUGCAAUGGGAUAUGAUGAAGGUGAUGGAAAUAUUAUGUUAGACAAAAACACAAAUAAAAUCUGCUUUAGUCCACCCUAUGAUCCUUUGCUUCCACGAAAAAUUGAAACCUUUCAAAAGCUCACCAAGAAAUUAGGGGGAAUCCUCUUUAUGACUAAGUACAGGAGCACAGCAGUUCAUCUUUUAGGUGGAUGCAAUGCAUCAUUAGAUUCUUCUACUGGGGUUUGUAACCACAGCGGUCAGGUUUUUGAUCCAGAAACUCCUGCCUCUGUUCACUCAGGCCUCUAUAUUUGUGAUGCUUCUUUAAUCCCGUGUUCUGUUGGCAUAAACCCAGCUCUUACAAUUGCAACAGCUGCUGAGCAUGUGAGUAGACACCUUUUGCAAGAUAUUAUUGAGUUUAACAGCAAAAGAGGUAUAAAUUUUGACAUUUUAGCUGUUGAUCGUAGUCAACAUUUUUUUGCUGAUAAAAAUUUAGAUAAUAACCACAGUUCAAAUGUUCUGAUAAAAGAAACCAUAAAAGGGUAUGUGGGUGGUAUGCCAUGUGUAGCUUAUCUCAAAAUGAAAAUGAACCCUCAGAAUCUGAAAGAGUUUGCUGAAAAAAAUUCAUUUACUGGUGGAUCUCAUCCUCUGUUGAGGGGAAAGGUUGGAGGAUAUAUGGUGUUUAGAGCCAUUGAGAAGGAUAAACUACACAUCAUAGAUGGGGAAGUAGAUAUGUGUGCAGUGGAUUGCAGAACUCCUUACACACAGUAUAUGCGCUUACAUCUUCUCCUCGUAGCUUCCUCUAGUUCAAAAUAUAUUCUUGAGGGAAGGAAGAUAAUGAAUCCGUAUCUCCUGGCAUUAUAUGCUUGGAAAGAGACUACAACACUGCAUGUAACAUUUAAAAAAAUUCCGGUGAACGGUGCGAGGGAGAAAAUGAUGAAUUUAAAUGGAGAGCUUAGAGUUUCCUUCUGGGCACUUCUGAGGAGCUUCAUGACCCUUAGAGGCAACAAGGCAGGAAGGUUCACAUAUAUUCUACUAUUGACUUUUGUAAGAACCUAUGUCUUACAAAUUCCGCGAGGGAUUCACAUAAUCCCUAGUGAUUCUUGCCAUAAACCUUAUCCAAGCAGCACUCUCCAUAAAAUAAAAACAGAAGAUGGACAUGUCAUCAGCUGCAGGCAAUGGAAUGGCAUUCAAAAUUCACGGGGGGUUAAAGGAGAGAAACAAUUAAGUCCAGUUCUCCUUCUCAAUGGUCAUUCUACAGAGAGUUACUGGCUGCCAACAGAACCACAUGACUUGGUCAGAACUUUACUGGAGGAAGGGCAUGAAGUAUGGCUACUGCAACCAAGAUUCCACCCGAUGAAUCCCGCUAACAGCUUCACUAUUGAAGACAUUGGAAAAUAUGAUAUCCCAGCUGCGAUUAGUAAGAUCCUUGAAUUGCAUGGAAUGAGCAUGAAGAUACAUGUAAUCGCACACUGUGUUGGAGGGUUAGCCAUUCAUAUAGCUCUGAUGGGAGGGCAGAUCUCUGCAACCCACAUAGCUUCUUUGUCUUGCACCAAUUCUUCAAUGUUCUUCAAGCUCACUACACUAUCCAGACUCAAAAUGUGGCUUCCUCUAGUCCCAAUAUCAAUGGCUAUACUUGGCAAGGAGAAUAUUUUGCCUUUGUUAGAAACACCAAAGACAUGUUUUCGGCACUGGCUCUUGAAAUGCAUUGCCUAUUGCUUACCGCGAUACGAGAGAUGCACCUGCAAGGAGUGUGAGAUCUUUUCUGGAAUAUUUGGGAAUACCUUCUGGCAUGAAAAUGUUAGUCCAACAUUGCAUCAUUGGUUGAAUAAGUAUAGCUCUACAAGGCUUCCUAUGGCAGCAUUUCCUCAUCUGAGAAAAAUCUGCAACUCUGGAUUUAUUGUCGACAGUAAUGGCAAUAACUCAUAUUUGAUCCAUCCAGAGAGGAUGGCAGUCUCUACUCUAUAUAUUUCAGGUGGACGGAGUCUUCUCGUAACUCCAGAGACUUCAUUUCUUGCUAACAAAUAUAUGAAACUGCACCAACCAGAUUUUCAACAUGAAAGGAUUGUUGUAGAAGGGUUUGGACAUUCGGAUUUAUUAAUUGGAGAAAAGUCUUAUGAGAAGGUUUUUCCUCACCUCAUAUCUCAUAUAAGAGUAGCUGAACAAGAAGCAAAUGGUUUGGUGAAUUUUGAGAAAAAGAAAUGCAGUAAAGAGGUAUUAGAGUGGUGUGAUGAUCCUUACGAGGGAUAUGGCAAAUUUGGAAGUUGGUUCUCUCCUUCAGCUAUUAUCUUUUUGUUCUUUUCCUUUUUGUUGGCAUUAGUUUCUUUAUUGAUGUGAUUUUUGAUAAGAGGGAAAAAGUCAUUGCUUAUUAUCCAUGCAACUGGCUGAUGGUGUUUCUUCUUUGUACUAUAAAUAGCGACUUUUGAUUUUUUACAAUAAAAGAUGCACGUUUCUUA